AUGAGCUUCCCACCAUAUUCACAUUCUGAUUUUCAACCACCACACCAAGAAGACCAUGUCGAGUUCGAUCCUGCCCGGACGAACCCUACUUGGGCCCAGGCCUCUUAUGACAACAUCCAAUUCGCGGAGUUUGGUAAUGUUCAGAUUGCUCAAUAUGGUGCCGUGCAGUAUUUCCAUUCGCCCUCGGACGAGGAGGUUACCUACGACACCGGCAAUGUGCCUGAGGUAGAAUCGCCUGUUAGCCCCAGAUCAGCUUCGUACGUCGUCGUCGGCAAGAGCCCGGAUAUCAUCUCCCAUCUUGAGCCCACGCCCCGCCAGCUGCCCAUAUCUGAGGAGCCCAUCGUUGCCAGCACGAGCAGCGAAAAGAAGACUGAUCAGCCGUACUUCCCGGCUGCAGCUGCUGUUGAGAUUGAAAAUGCUCCGGCUGCUGUCGUGGAGAAGAACGCAGUUGAACCCGAGGCUAUGGCCGCCGCUGAGGUUGCUAUCCAGCAACAGGAGAAGCCCAGCGAGCCUGAGCCCCAGCCUACCGCUGCUCAGGAGAAGGCGGUCGAGGAGACCAAGCUUGAAGUGAAGGCCGCCCCUGAGGAGUCCGCUAGCAAAUCCGAGGAAACCGCAACCACUGCUACCGAAAAGGCUGAGGAUACUCUCGCUCCUGUUGCUCCGGCCCCUGUUGCUGCCGACGAGAGGACUGUUGUGGAACCCAAGACCGAGGAGAAGGCAGUUGUCGAGGAGAAAUCUGCCACCACCACUACCCAGGAGGAGAAACCCAGCAGCGAACCGGCCCCUGCUGCUGAUGAGACUCCCGCUCCUGCUCAUGUUGUUGCGGAAGAGAAGGCCGCUGAGGAGCCUGAGGCUGAGGAGAAGCCCGUUGAGGCUAAGCCUGAGGAGAGCAUCCCCGCUGCCCUUGUUGAGAAUAUGAAGGCGGAGGAGACCCCCGCCCCGGCUCCGGUUCCGGCUGUUGAGGAGCCCAAGAAAGCUGAGGCUGAGGCUGAGAAGUCGGCCGAGAAGGAAGCCCCGGCUGCUGUCGAGGAGGAGAAACCUGUCGAAACUACCCCGGCUGCUGCUGUUGAGGAAAAGGCCGUUGAGGAACCGAAGCCCGCCGAGCCCGCUGCCGCUCCUAUUGCUGCUGAGGUGAAGGAGGAAGAGGAGAAGCCGAGCGAACCUGCGGCGACUGUUAAGGAUGAGACCCCUGCUCCUGAACCUCCUGUUGAGGAGAAGAAGGCGGCUAAGGAGGCGCCUAGGCAGGAGGAGGCCGUCCCCGCCCCCGUCGAGGCCCCCGCUCCGGCUCCUGUCGUUGAGGAGCCCAAGGCUGAAGAGCAGAAGCCGGCUGAGGAGCCUAUGGCCGUCGAGGAGACCCCUGAGGCUGAGGCUGAGCCUGAGCCUGUUGCUGAGGCCAAGGCGGAGGAGCCUGCCCCGGCUGCUGUUGAAGAGGCUAAGCUUCAGGUUGAGCAGAAGGAGGAGGAACAGAAGCCCAGCGAACCCGUUCCCGUGGAGGCUGUGCCUGCCGCUGAAGAGAUGGUUGUUGAGGAAGCUCCCAAGGUUAAAGAGGCCCCUGCUUCCGCACCUGUUGAGCAGGCCGAAACCAAGACCGAUGACGCCCCCGCGCCUGCCGCUGAGCCCGAGUCCGAACCCAUCAAGGAGGAGGCCGCUCCUGCUCCUGCCCCUGUCGAGGAGACCCCCGCCCCUGCGUCGGCCCCAGCCGCUGAAGAAAUCAAGCCAGCUGAAGAAGUCAAGCCAGUCAAGGAACCAGUUAAGACCGAGGAGCCUGCCCCGGCCCCCGCCCCCGCCCCCGAGACCAAAGAAGAGCCUGCUCCUGCUCCUGAGCCAAAGGAGACGCUGGCACCUGAGGCCAAGCCUGAGCCGACCACCACCGAGACUGGGGCUGCGGCUCCGACUCCAGCCCCUAUUGAGGAGGUGAAGGCUGAGGAAAAACUUGCUGAGCAGGCUGCCUCUGCUCCGGCCGUGGAAGAGUCUAAGCCUGCUGAGGAGGUUGAGGCUGUCGAGCAGGCCAAGCCGGCUGAGGAGGUCAAGCCCGUUGAAGAAGCCCCCGCCGAGGUCGAGGAGCCCGCUCCGGCCGCUGAGGUGGUUAAGCCUGCUGAGGAACCCGCCAAGACCGAAGAGGCUGCACCCGCCCCUGCUCCCGAGGCCAAGGAAGAGCCUGCGUCUGCUGUUGGAGAGGCCAAGGCCCCUGCUGAGCCUGAGGAACCCGUUGAGGAGCAGAAGCCGGCCGAGGUGGCUGCUCCGACUGUUGAGGAGAGCAAGCCCGAGCCCGAGCCCGAGCCUGUCAAGGAAGAGGCGCCUGCUCCCGCUCCGGUUGAGGAGGUCAAGCCCUCUGAGCCCGAGCCCGAACUUGUCAAGGACGAUGUGGCUGCUCCCGCUCCGGUUGAGGAGGUCAAGCCCGCUGAACCCGAGCCCGAGCCUGCCAAGGAAGAGGCGCCUGCUCCCGCUCCAGCUGAGGAGGUCAAGUCCUCUGAGCCCGAGCCCGAACCUGUCAAGGACGAUGUGCCUGCUCCCGCUCCGGUUGAGGAGGUCAAGCCCUCUGAGCCCGAGCCUGAGCCCGAGCCUGUCAAGGAAGAGGCGCCUGCUCCCGCUCCGGUUGAGGAGGUCAAGCCCGCUGAGCCCGAGCCCGAGCCUGUCAAGGAAGAGGCGCCUGCUCCCGUUCCGGCUAAGGAGGUCAAGCCCGCUGAGUCCGAACCCGAAAAGCCUACCUUGAACCCCACUCCUGCUCCUGAACCGGCUAGGGAGGAGGAGAAGCCGGCUGCUCCCCAGGAAGAGGUCGCUGCGGCCAAUGAGCCCACUCCUGUCGCCGAGGUCAAGGAGGAGGCUCCGGUCCCUGAGGCUAAGGAGGAGGAGGUCAAGCCUGUAGAGGAGCUGAAGGCUGAGCCUAUUGCUCCUGCCGAGCCUGCCCCCAUCACUGAGGCCAACGAAGAGCCUGCGCCGGCUGCUGAGGAUCCUGCUCCUGCUCCCCAUAUCGAGAAGGCCAAGUCCGCCGAGGAACCUGCCUCUGCCCCUACCAAGACCGAGGAGAAGGCUGCCUCGGCCCCGGCCCUGCCUGUCGAUGAGGACAAGCCUGCUGAGGAACCUGCCCCUGCGCCCGAGACUGCCGAGACCAAGGAGGAGCCCGCCCCGGCUGCCGAAACCAAGGAAGAGGCGCCGGUCGCUGAGGUCAAGGAGGUGACUCUUAAUACCGAGGCUACCAAGUCCGCUCCGGUUGCUGAAGAGGCAGAUCCUGACCCGAUCCCUGUUGCCGAGUCGAAGCAGAAAGAGAUCAAUAUUGCUGAGGAGGUGAAGGAGGAGGCCUCCGCCGAGGAGACCAAGGCUGAGGCUCCGGCUGUUGAGGAACCUACCAAGACUGAGACCGAGACCCCUGCUUCUGCGGAGGAGGUUCCCGCUCCUCAAGAAGCUCCCGCGGCCACCACCAACGAGACCCCUGCGGAGGAGCCCGCGCCAAAGGACGAGCCUGCUUCUAAGAUGCCCGUUGAGGAGGUCGAGCCUGUGGAGGAAGCCGUUCCCGCCGCCCCAGCCGCUGAGCAGCCCGCUUCCCCUACUGAGCCCGAAGCCAAGCCUGAGACGGAGGCCCCGGCUGCUCCUGCUUCUGAGGAGCCUGCCAAGCCGGUUGAGGCCGAGGGCACUGAGGUUCAGAAGGUCGAGGAAGCCUCUGUCGAGAAGGCUGCUCUGACUGAGGAACCGGCCGGGGUGAAGAAGGCUGAGGAGGUUCAGACUCAGCCCGCGGAGGAGCUCAAGCAGGAAGAAGCCCCCGCUGUCGUCAAGCCUGCCGAGAAAACCGAGCCUGAAGCCACUGUUGAGGAGGCCAAGAUUGAGAUUGUUCCUGAGGCCCCUGCUGCGGCCGAGCCUGUGAAGACUGAAGAGACUGAGAUGGUUGCUGAGCCCGCCCAGGUGGCUGCCUCUGAAUCCGAUCUCCAGACUGAAGAACCCGCCAAGCUGGUUGAGAGCACCCCUGAGUCCGUUGCUGCCCCCGCUCCUCAGGAAGAGCAGCAGCCCGUUGAAGUCACCAAGAAUGAUCCAGAGCCUGAAGUCAACCCGCAGGAGGAGGCUGCUCCUGCUGCCGAGGCUAAGGUUGUGGAGGCUUCUGCUCGCCCUCCUGCUCCUGAGGUCGAAACCAAGCCGACUGAGGAGCUGAAGGAGGAGAAGUUCGAGGAGAAAGAAGCCGCUGCUCCUGUCCCUGCCACUGAGGAAGCGGCGCCGGUCCCUGUCGAGGCCGAGAAGCCCGAGGAGGUUGCUGUCCCUGUUGAGCAGGCUCCCAGGACUGUUGAGGAGCAGACCCCGGCUCCUGUUGAAGAGUCCAAGGCUGAGGAGGCUAAGCUCAAGACUGUUGGAGAGGCCAAGCUCGAGCCGGUCGAGCAGGUCAAGGUCGAAGCCACUCAGCAGCCCAAAACCGAGGAGAUGGCUGACACUAAGCACGAGCCUGCUGCUCCCCAGCCUGCUGAGGAAACCAAGCCCGAACCUAUCGUCGAGAAGGCCAAUGUCGAGGCUGCCGAGCUACCCAAGGCCGAAGAGAUCACUCAGGCCAAGCCUGAGCCUGCUCCGGAGCCGGUAGUUGAGGUGGCUUCUGAGUCCAAGAUUGAGGUUGUCUCUGAGCCUGCCCCCGACGUCGCUGCGGAGCCCGCUCCCGAGACGAAGGUUGAGGUUGCCCCUGAACCGACUACCGAGCCUGUUGCGGAGACCAAGCCUGAGGUGGUCGAAGAACACAAGGCUGGGGCUAAGGAGGAGGCCAAGCCCGAACCUGUCGAGGAGACUAAGGCUGCCCCUGAGCCUGCUCCCGCUGCAGAGCCCGUCCAGGAGACUAAGGUCGAGGCUGCUCCUGAGCCUGCCACUAAGGAGAUUGAGGAGCCCGCUCCUGAACCGGCUGCUGAGACCAAGGAGGAGCUUGUCCCGGAGACCCAGGUUGGGGCCGCUCCUGAGCCCAAGGCUGAGCCUGCCUCUGAACCCGCUUCCGGACCCUCUGCGGAGACGAAGGCCGAGGCUGAUCCUGAACCGGCCGCGGAACCCGUCGCGGAGGCCAAGACCGAACCUGCUGGAGAACUCAAGAUCGAGGCCGUCGAGCCCGCCCCCGAAGCCGAGAUUGAGGCGCCGGCUCCGGCUGAGCCUGCUGAACAAGUCGAGGAAGAGGCUGCUCCUGCUCCUGUCUCCGAACCGGUUGCUAAACCCGCUCCUGCCUCUGCUGCUGAGCCAGCUGUUGAGCCCAAAACCGAGACUCCAGCUGCGGCUGAGGUUGUCGAGGAGGUGAAGACUGCUCCACAACCUGCUGCUGAGGUUGCCCCUGAGCAGACUGCCGAGCCUGAGCCGGAAGUCAAGGCUGAGCCUGCUGAGGAGCCCAAUCCUGGACUCGUUGCCGAGGAGAUUAAUACUAAUGCUCUUGGGCAACCUAAGGUGGAGGCUGUUGAGGAGUCCAAGCCCGAGGCGCCGGUCGAACAGCAGGUCGAGGUCAAGACUGAGCCGGUCGUUGAGAAGGCUGCCCCGGCUGAAGAACCCAAGCCUGCCGAAGAGCCUGUUGAGCAGCCCAAGUCUGAGCCGGUUGAGGAGACCAAGGUCGAGUCGGCCCCUGAGGAGCCCAAGACUGAAGCUCCUGCUGAGGUCAAGGCUGAGCCAGCUGAGGAAACAAAGCUUGAGGCUCCUGUUGAGAAGCCUGCUGAGCCGGUUGAGGAACCUAGGAUUGAGGCGGCCCCUGAGCAACCUAAGGAUGAGGUCGCUGAAGAGACCAAGCCUGAGCCUGCUUCCGAGGUGACCAAGACCGACGCUCCCGCAGAGCCCAAAGCCGAGCCGGAAGCUCCUGCCGAAACCGCCCAGCCUGCCGAAGAACCCAAGGCCGAGGCUGCCCUUGCUGACGAGACCAAGACUGAGGUGACCGCCGAGGAGCCCAAGACCGAGGCCGUCGAAGAGACCAAGGCAGAGACUACAGCUCCGGUUGAACCCACCGCCGAACCUGAGGUCCAACCCGCUGCUGAGGACAAGCCCGAGCCGGCCGAGGUCAAGGUUGAGGCUGCUGAGGAACCCAAGACUGAAGCGGCUGAGACCAAGGUUGAACCCGCGGCAGAGGAGGCAAAUGUUGAGCCUGCACAAGAGGUUAAGCCUGAGGCCGAAGUCACUGUUGAGCCUGCUGAGCAACCUAAGGCCGAGCCAGUCGAAGAGGCCGAGGUUGAGGCUCCGGUCGAGACCCAGACAGUUGAGGAUCGCAAGGUCGAGGCUGCUCCCGAACCUGCCGCCGCUCCCGACGAAGAGGCCAAGCCUGAACUUGCUGAGGAGGUAAAGGCUGAGCCUGCGACUAAGAAAAAGCCUGCCGAGGAGCCUAAGGUCGAGGCCAUUGAGGAAACCAAGGCUGAGGCGGCUCCCGAGCUUCUUGCCGAUCCUGCUGAGGAAUCCAAGCCAGAGGCUGAAUCCACUUCCCCGGCUGCUCCCGAGCCCGUUACCGAGAUCAAAGUCGAGGUUGAGCCCGCAGAGGAAGCCAAGGUUGAAGCUGUCGAGGUAAUCAAGGGGGAAUCCGCCCCUGUUGAGAGGGCUCAGGAGGCUCAGCCUGCUGAGGAGUCCAAGGCUGCUCUCGAGCCGGCCCCUGUCGAAGAAGCCAAGCCCGAGCCUGCUGAGGAAGUCAAAGUCGAGGCCCCUGCUGAGCCUGCCUCGGAGCCCAAGCCAGAGGUCACCGAGUCUCCCAAGACCGAGCAGUCUGAGGAGCCCAAGGCCAGGACCCAGCAGGAAGAGGUCUCUGUUGCCCAGCCUGCUGCCGAGGAGCCCGCUCCGGUCGAGCCAGUCAAAUCUGAGCCGGUCGAGGAACCCAAAACUGAGGCUCCUGCUCCCGCCGAGCCUGCUGAAGCCAAGACUGAGGCUGAUGUUACCCCUGACGAGUUACCCAAGGCUGAGGAGGCUGCUGAGGCCAAGCCUACGGAGGAGGCCAAGGUCGAGUCUAAGGAGACCAAUGCCGAGCCCACUCUUGAAGCUACUCCCGCUGAGGAGCCUAAGCCUGAAAAGGCCGAGGAUCCCAAGGCUGAAGAGAAGGUUGAGGUCGUUGAGGAGGCCAAGCCAAUGGAGGGUGAAGCCAAGGCUGUCCCCGCUGAGGAGGCCCCCAAAGACGCUCAGCCCGAGCCGGAUGCUGGGGGACCCGUGACGGAACCCGCACCAGCCUCUACUCCCGAACCGGUGAAGGAGGGGGUCGCUUCUGAGCCUGUCGUGGAGGAGGUUAACACGGCUGUCCUUGAGGAGGAGGUGAAGGUCGGGGAAACCCCUGCGCCCGUGGAGGAACUAAAGGUUGAGAAGGAGGAAGAGCCGGCUCCCGCUCCAGUGGAGAAGACGAAGGAAGAAGAGGAGGAGAGCAAGGACAAGAUUGGGCCGAUACCCAGCGAGCAGCAGAAGACAGGCGCCGAGAAGGCGGUUACAGGUGAGAAUUUCCCCGUUUCUGUUUCUGAUGAUACCCCCGGUGUUGUUGGCGGCGAUGGCCGUGAUGGCAGUGGCGAGGAGACAGGACAGAAGGAGGAAGAGGAGGAGAAGGAGAGUGAGAAGAAAGUUGCAGAAUGCAUCUCGGCGAGACCAACGGACAAGACGGACACGGACUUGGACUUACAGCGCCCAUCAGCAUUUGAUUCAUCAUCCCCCGAAACCCCUCAUGAUACCCCUGCCCCUCUGGAGGACACACAGAAAGAUAUCCCGGACAGCACUACCACUAUCACCACCGCUCCCAGUGUUAAUGAUACUUCGGCUGGAGAGGAGAAGAAGGAUGAGGUUGCCGGCGAUAAGACGGAAGAGCAGCCUGCCCAGGAGAGCAGCAGCACCGAGGACAAGGUCCAGCCAGAACCUGAGACAGUCCCUGCCGACGACACUGUCAAAGUCGAAGAGGCUGCUCCGGCGCUUGCUCAAGAGGCUGCCCCUGAGGAGACGACCGAAGAAGUCAAGGCGGCCCCGACUGAGCCGAAAAUUGCUGUUCCCACUGAGCCUGUUACUGAGGAGCCGAAGCCCGUUGAGCAGUCGGCUCCUGCUGAGCACGAGUCCCUCAAGGAGGCUCCCGCUCCCGCCGCUCCUGCCGAGCAGGUCUCGGAGGAGAAGGUUGAGGAGGCCCAGCCGGCUGCGGCUCCCGAGCCCGAACAAGCCGCUGCUCCUGAGCUUGAGCCUGUGGCUGAAAUCAAGAUCGAGGCUCCUGCUGAGGUCGCCUCCGAGACUACGGUCGAGGGGGUCAAGGUCGAGGAAACCCCGGCUCCCUCUCCCGCUCCUGCGGAACCACAGGUCCAGGAGGCUGAAGCUAAGACCGAGCCCGAGGUCACUGCUGCUCUUGAACAACAGCCCGUAACCGAGGUCAAGGCUCCGGCUGAAGUCCCUGCUAAAACCAAGGUUGAGGAGGUCAAGACUGAGGAACCCCAGGUUGAGGUCAAGCCUGAGUCUGAGGCCGCUAUCGCGACUGAGACUAAGGUUGAGGAGGCCCCGGCCCCCGCGGAGGAAUUCAAGGUUGAAGAGGCUAAGGCCGAGCCUGAGGCCGCUCCCGCUCCUGCUCCUGAACCGGCCACUGAGGAAGACAAGACCCCGGCUCUUCCUGCGGAGACUGCUGCUUCCGUUGUAGAGACUCCUGCUCCAGCCGAGAAGGCUGCUCAACCUGAACCUAAGGCUCUUGAGAAGGAGGCUGCGGUCAAGGAAGAGACUCCCGCUCUCGCUCACGAGGCUCUUGUUGCGGAGACAACGACGACAGCCGAGCAAGUAACACCCGCUACUGUUAAGGAUAAGACUCCUGCUGAGGACGCACCCGCUCAAACCGAGGUGCAGGCUUCUGUCCCGGCCCUGCCUCCCGCCGAGGCAUCCGCCCCUGCCGAAGCUCCGGCUACGCCGGAAACCGCUCCUGAGCCCGUGACCGAGACUAAGGUUGAAGCCGCUCCGGCGACCGAGACUGAGGCUGCCCCGGCCAAGGAAGAAGAGGCCCCUGUUCCUGUUGCUGCCCCCGCCCCUGCUGAGGAGGCCAAGGCUGAGCCAACUGCCGAGACUAAGGUUGAGGCUCCUACCGAGACCGAGGUCGAGAAGGCUGCUGCUCCGGAACCGGUCGCUGAGACCAAGGCUGAGAAAGUCUCCUCCCCUGAGGCGAAGGUUGAGGAGGGUCCUGUCCCCGAAACCAAGGCCGACGACAAGGUUUCCGAAUCCGAAGUCAAGGUUGAGGAACAGGGCCCGGCUGCCGCUGAGGCGGAGAUGAAGGUUGAGGAGACUGCUGAAUCUAACACUGAGGUGAAUGUUGCCGAGCCCGAGGCCAAGGUUGAAGAGGUCCCUGUGGCUGGGGCUAAGGCUGAGGAGGUUGCUGAGACCAAGGCUGAGGACAAAGUCACCGAGUCUGAAGUCAAGGUUGAGGAAGCCCCCGAGGCUGAGGUCAAAGCCGAGGAACCUGUUGAGAUUAAGGCUGAGGAGAAGGCAGCCGAACCGGAGGUUAAGGUCGGGGCGGUUCCUGAGCCUGCCGAGGCCAAAGUUGAAGCUGAGGUUGCUCCUGCUCUUGAGGUUAAGGCUGAGAAGACUCUUGAGCCCCAGGUUAAGGUUGAGGAGGCCCCUGUGGUUGCCGAGGUCAAGGCUGAGGAACAGGUUCCUGAACCAGAGGCCAAAGCCGAAGAGGUGCCCGCUGCUGAGGCUAAGGUCGAGGUGCGCGCUGAAACCACGGCUGAGGACCAGGCUGCUGCCGAGCCUGAGGCCAAGGUUGAGCAGGCCCCAGUGACCGAAGCCAACGCUGAGGAGCCUGUUGAGGCUAAGGCUGAGGAGAAGGUUGCCGAGCCCGAGGCUAAGGUCGAGGAAGCCCCUGUGGAGACCAAGGUCGAAGCAACUCCUGAGCCCAUUGAAGCCAAGGCGGAAGAGAAGGCUUCCGAGUCCGAAGCUAAGGUUGAGGAGGCUCCAGUGGCUAAGACGGAGGUCGAGGAAGUGACCGAAGCCAAGGUCGAAGAGACAAUACUUGAAUCCGAGGCUAAGACCGAGGCGGCUCCUGAGCCUGCUGAGGUCAACGCUGCGGAACAGGCUCCUGCUCCCGAAGCCAAGGCUGAAGAAGCUCCUGCGGCCGAAGUCAAGGCUGAGGAGACCCCUGUGUCUGAGGCUAAGGUAGAGGAACCUGUUGAGGCCAAGGCUGAGACUCCUGCGGAAACGAAGACUGAGGAACAGGCUCCUGCUAUCGAAAACAAGAUUGAGGAGGCCCCUACCGUUGAGGCUAAGGCUGAGGAAACCAUAGAGACCAAGGUCGAGGACAAGAUACCCAAGCCUGAGGCUAAGGUUGAGGAAGCUCCUGUGGCCGAAGCCCAAGUUAGGGCUGCUCCCGGUCCCGAGCCGGUCGAGGCCAAACCUGAGGAGGUCCGUGCCGAAGCCGAGGCUGAGGAACAGGCUCCUGUUGCCGAGACUAAGGUUGGGGAAGAGCCCGAUGUCGAGACUAAAGCUGAGGAAGCCCCUGCGGUUGAAGCCCAGGCUGAGGAAGUCGCUGAGACUAAGGCUAAGGAACCUGUUUCCGAGGCCAAGGUCGAAGCUGCUCCUGAAGUCGAGGCGAAGGCUGAAGAGGUGGCCCCAGCUGAGCUCAAGACUGAGGAGCCUUCCCAGGCUAAAGUUGAGGAGCAGACCCCCGCUACCAAGGCUGCGGUUGAGGAAGCUCAGGUUGAGGAAGCUCAGGUCGAGGCUGAAACCAAGGUUAAGGAGGCUCCAGUCGAAGCCAAGACUGAGGAGGUCGCUGAGGCCAAGGCUGAUGGGCAGGCUGCCCCUGCCGCUGAAACCAAGGGUGAGGAGACCCCUACGGUUGAAGCAGAGACCAAGAUCGUCGAAGAGACUCCGGCUGCCGAGACCAAGACUGAGGAAGUCGUCGAGGCUAAGGCUGAGGAGCAGGUCACCCCUGUCCCUGAUGCUCAAGCCGAAGCAGCUCCCGAGGUCGAGGACAAGGCUGUACCUGAGGUCGCUGCCGCUGAAGUGAAGAGUGAGGAGCCCACCGAGACCGAGGCUCCCAAGGCUGAGGCUGAAACCAAGAUUGAGGAAGCUCCGGAAGUCGAAGCAAAGGUCCAGGAGACCCCGGCGGCUGAAGCUAAGGCUGAAGAAUCUGCUGAGACCAAGGUUGAGGAGCAGGCCACACCUGCCCCCGAGGCCAAGGUCAACGUGGCGCCCGCAGUCGAGGCUAAGGUCGAAGAGGCCUCUGCUACUGAAGCAAAGACUGAGGAGGCUCCGAAAGCUGAAGAGGCUCCGGCAGCUGAGACUAAGGUCGAGGAGCCCGCCGAGGCCAAGGCUGAGGAGCAUGUCACCCCUGCGUCUGAAGCUAAGGUUGAGGAGACGCCCGAGGCUGAGGUCGAGGCUGCCGCCCCUGAGGUUGCUCCCGCCCCCCCUGCCGCCGAUGAGGUGAUACCCGAGACGGCUGAGGUCAAGGUUGAGCAGGCGGCGCCCGCUGGUCUUGCUGAGGUCGAAGAAAAGGCUGCUGAGCCUGCCGAGGACAAGCCCGAGGUUGAGACCACUCCCGUUCCCGAGGUCAUGGCUGCUGAGGAACCUGCUGAGACUAAGGUGGAGGACAAGGCUUCUGAGACCGAGCCCAAAGCCAAGGUCGAGGCGGUAACCGAGGCGGUUGAGGCCAAGGAAGCUGGGGUUGUCGAGACCAAGGUCGAGGCUGAGGCUGCGCCAGUCCCUGAGACUAAGGUUGAGGAGGUUGUCCAGGCUGCUGAGAUACAGGUUGAGAAGGCUGCUGUCGAUCCCGAAGCUAAGGCUGAGAAAGAGACACCUGCGCCCGAGACCGCAGUCGAGGAAAAGGCUGCCGAGCCUGUCGAGGCCCCGGCCAAGACGGAAGAGGCACCGGCUCCAGACUCUAAGGUCGAGGAGGUUGCCCACUCUCCAGAGGCCCAGGUUGAGGAGGUCACUGAGCCUGUUGAAGCCAAGGCUGAAACAGAGGAAGCCCCUGCUUCCGAGGCUAAGGGUGAAGAGGUCGCUCAGCCCGUUGAAACCCAGGUUGAAGAACAGGUUCCUGCCCCGGAGACUAAGGUCGAAGAGAAGACUGCCGAGCCUGUCGAGGCCAAGGUCGAGACUGUCGAGGCUCCUGCUUCGGAGGCCAAGGUUGAGGAAAAGGUUGCGGAGUCCGUCGAGGCUGAAGCCAAGACGGAGGAAGCUCCCGCGCCCGAAACCAAGGUCGAGGAACAGGCUGUCGAGACUGUUAUGGUCAAGGCCGAGACGGUCGAGGUUCCUGCCCCCGAGUCCAGGGUCGAACAGGUCACUCAACCCGUCGAGACCAAGGCUGAGGACAAAGCUUCCGAGUCCGAAGCUAAGGUUGAAGCUGUCCCCGAGUCGACUGUGGAGGACAAGGUUGAGGAGGCUCCUGUCCCGCCCGCUGAGACCGAGCCUGGGGAGCCUGUGGAGAUCAAGGUAGAGGCUCCGGCCGAAGCCAAGGUCGAGACGGCGCCUGAACCGAUCGAGCAGGAUAAGCCUGAGGAACCUGUUGAGGCCAAGGUUAAGGAGACGGCACCUGUUGCGCCCGAGACUAAUGUCAAGGAAGUUCCCGAGCCGGUCGUCGAGACCAAGGUUGCCGAGCCCGCCGAGACUAAGGUGGAGGAGCAGACAGCUGAAUCUGAAGCCAAGGUGGAAGCGGCCUCUGAACCUGUCAAAGCCAAGGUUGAGGAGUCCUCUGAGACUGUCAAGGUCAAAGAGGCCACUCCUGAGCCUACCGCCGAGACGAAGGUUGAGGUCACUGAAACCGAGGUAGAGGAGCAGGCCCCUGUCGCUGAAGCCAAGGUCGAGGAGGUCUCUGCGCCGGUCGAGGCUAAGGCUGAGGAGCCUGCCGAGACUAAGGUUGAGGAGCCCGAGGUCAAGGUUGAGGAGACGACGGUGGCACAGCCUACUGAGACUCAGGUCGAGGAGGUCGCUCAGCUGGUUGAGACCAAGGCUGCUGAGGAAGUUCCUGAGACCAAGGUUGAGGUUCAGCCCGAAACCAAGGUUGAAGAGGCCCCUCUGCCAGUCGAGGUCCAGGCCAAUGAGCCCGCCGAGACCAAGGUCGAAGAAACUGUUCAACCCGCUGAGACUAACGCUGUCGAGGAGGCUUCUGAGCCCAAAGCCAAGGUUGAGGAGGUUCCCAAGACAGUCGAGGCUCAGCCUGAGCAGCUUACUGAGGCCAAGGCCGAAGAGGUUGCUGUCCCGUCCACCGAGACCAAGAACGAGGAGCAGGUGACCGAACACAAGGCCAAGCCUGAGGAGCCUGAGGUCAAGAUCCAGGAGGCUCUCGCGCCAGUUGAGGCUGAGGCCAAGGUUGAGCCCGAGGUUAAGCCUGAGGAGGUCGCGGCGCCUGUCGAGGCCAAGGUCAAGGAUGAACCCCAGCCUGCCGAAGCUAAGCCGGAAGAACCCGCUGAGACCAAGGUCGGGCAGCCUGAAGUCAAGACUGAAGAGCCUACAGCACCUGCCAAGGCCAAGGCUGGGGAAACGGUUGCUGAGCCCGAGGCCGAGGUUGAGGAGGCCCCUGUGGUCGCUGAGGCUGAGGAGAAGGCUCCUGAACCCAAGGCCAAGGUCGAGGAACAGGUUGCCCAGCCUUCUGAGCCUGCCGCGACCGAAGAGGCCGCUCCUCAACCGACCGAGACAACCAAGACCGAGGAGCUCAUUGUCGAGGCUAAGGUUGAAGAACCUGCUGAGCAGCCCGAAGUCAAGGCUGAAGAGCCUGUGGCACCUACCGAGGCCAAGGCUGAGGAGCGGACCCCUGCUCUUGAGGCCAAGGUCGAGGAAGAGGUUGCUCAGACUGUUGAGGCUGCUAAGACUGAAGAGCCUGCUCAGCCCGCCGAAGCCAAGACCGAGGAACCUGAGGUCAAAGUUGACGAGGCUCCCGCGCCUGUCGAAGCUAAGGUCGACGAACAGCUCGCUCAGCCUGUUGAGACCAAGACUGAAGAGCCCCAGCUCAAUGUAGAGGUAGCUGAGCAGCCUGUCGAGGCUAAGGCCGAGGAGCAGACCCCUGCUCCAGAGACCAAGGCUGAAGAGUCGAUCGCUCAGCCCACCGAACCCGCAGCCAAGGAAUCUGAGGUUAAGGUCGAAGAGGCUGUUGCUUCUGUCGAGGCCAAGGCCGAAGACCAGGUCAUCUCUCAGCCUGCCGACACCAGGAACGAAGAGCAACCUACUCAGCCUGAAUGCAAGCCUGACGAGCCCGAGGCUAAGGUCGAGCAACCUACCGAAACCAAGGUCGAAGAGGUGGCCCAGCCUACUGAAACCAAGGCCGAGGAGCUCCCCGCUCAGCCUUCUGAAAUCACGACCGAAGAGGCUGCCGACGUCAAGAUCGAGGAGCCCGAAGUUAAGAUUGAGGAGGCCGAGAAGCCUGUUGAAGCCAAGGUUGAGGAACCGGUUGUCGAGGCCAAGGAUAAAGAGUCCGCCCCUCAGCUUGCCGCUACUGAUACCACCGAGACCGAGGAGCCUGCCCAAGAACCCAUCUCCGAGUCUGAACCCAUCCUGGUCGCUGAAUCUCAGCCUGCCGAACCUCUUGCCGUUGCCGAAACAGCUGAGCCUGCCCCGGCCGCCAAGGAGGAGCCUGCCGUCCCUGAAGUAGCCAUCCCCGCCGCUGUCGAAGAAUCCUCCCCUGUUCUCGCCACGACCGAUGCUUCCGCUCCCGCUCUCGUCACCACUACCGAAGAAGUCCAAGCCCCUGUCGCCGCCGUUGACGUUGAGAAGAAGCAAGAGCAAGAAAAGCCUUCUGAGCCUGUCUCCACCACUACUGUCGAGCAGCCUGCGGCUGAAGCCCCUGCGGAGCCGGCCAAGGUUGAGGAGCCUGUCAAGGCCGACGAGCCCGCUCCCGUCACGGAAAGGGCCGUUGCCCCUGCUGCUCUGGAGCCUGAGCCGGUUGCCAAGGCCGAGGAAAAAAUCGAGCCUGCUGUCGCUGCUCCCGCCGAGGAGCCUGUCAAGACGGAGGAGCCAGCCAGGGUUGAGGAGCCUGUGACCGAGAAGACUCCCAAACCUACUACUGAGGAGCCUGCCGCCGAAGAGAAAACCCUGGAGCCUGUCCGAGCCGAUGAGCCUGCCCCCGCCAAGGAGGAAGAACCCGUUGUAGCUCAGGAGCCGGCCACUAAGGCUGACGAGCCUGCUGCGGUUGAGACCUCCAAGCCUGCCAAGACCGAACAGGCGGCUGAGGAAGCUCCUGCCGCCCCCGAGCCUGAGGCCGUCAAGGUCGAAGAGGCUGCUCCGGCCUCUGUGGCUGUUGAUGAGCCUGCUAAGACUGAGGAGCCCGUCAAGGUCGAGGAGCCUGCUCCAGCGGAAGCCCCUGCCCCUGAACCCGAACCCGAAGUCAAGACCGACGAGCUUAUCGCUGUUGAGAAGGCCGUUGAGGUUCAGGAGUUGGCCCCUGCUCCAGCUGAGCCCGCUGCCGUUGAGGAGCCUGCCACCAUUGAGGCCCCUGAGCCAGCUAAGCCAGACGAGUCUGCUCCUGCUAAGACCGUUGAGGCUCCGGAGCCCGCUCCUAAGGUCGAGGAGAAGGUCAAGGCUGAGCCAGCCGCCACCGAGGACCCUGUCAAGACUGAGGAGCCCGCCAAGGUCGAAGAGCCCGCUGUAGUCGAGGCCCCUGAGCCGGCUAAAGUUGAGGAGCCCGCUGCUGCUGCGGAGGGUGCUGAGCCCACAGUCAAGGCUGACGAGUCUGCCCCUGUCAAAGAAGAGGCCGUCGCUGCUCGGGAGCCGGCUCCAGAGGCAAAGGACACCGUCUCAGCUGAAGCCGUUGCUCAGGAGCCUGAAGUUGAGACGGAACCGGAGGUUGCCAAGGCUGAGGAAGUUAGCCCCAAACCCGUCAAGAUCGACGAACCUGCUCCUGCUCCCGCACCCGCUGUAGAGGAGACCCCUGUCCCUGAGCCGGAAGCCGUCAAGACUGAUGAGCCUGCCGUUGUCGAGAAGGCCGUCGUCGAGGUUCAGGAGCCGGUCGCUGAAGCGGCUGUUGAGGGGUCUGCCCCUGUGUGUGAGGAGCCUGCUGCCCCCGCCCCUGCCGCUGAAGAACCCGCCCAACCUGUUCCUGUUGAGCCCGCCAAGGUUGAAGAGCCUGCUGCUGUCACCGAGGUGUCCGCCAAGGUCGAGGAGCCCGUAAAGGCUGAGGAGUCCGCUCCUGUCGAAGCGCCAACCGUCAUUGAGGAGCACGUCAAAUCCGAACCUGUGGCUACCGCGGAACCCGCCAGCGAGACCUCGGCCCCGGCACCUGAGGCGCCCGUCACCUCUGAGGUAGCCAAGACUGACGACGAGCCCGCCCCUGCACCCGCUCCAGCUGCUGAGCCCGAGACAAUCGAGAAGAAGGUUGAGGCCUCUGCUCCCGCCCCUGAACCCGAGCAGGCCGCUGCUGAGGCUGCUGUCACUCAAGAACCUGCUGUAGCCGAAGCACCUGCCGUCGAGAGCGAGAAUGCCGUCGUCGAGGAGUCGGCCAAGGCUGAGGGACCCGCCGAAGCCCAGGCCGCUCCUGGGGUCAGCGAAGAAGAGGUACCUCCCCCAUUCGAGGAGUCGCCUGAACACUCUAUCGCUGACCUGCGCGAGGUGAAGGCCGCCGAACCGGUUGUCGUCGCCGAGCAGCCCGCCGUGACGGAGGAGCCUGCCAUCAAGAUUGAGGAGCCCGCACAGCUGGAGGUUGCAGUCGCCGAGACCACUGCCCCCGAGCCUGUGGAGCCCCCUAACGCUGAACCUGCCGUCCAGGCUGCUCCCGAGCCGGCUAUGAAGACCCCUGAUCCUGUCGAAGAGAUUGAACAACCUGCAGCCGUCGAGCAGCCUGUGGCCACUGAGUCCGUCAAGGCUGAGGAGCCUGUCACUGAGACCAUAACUGAAUCGGUGAAGGUUGCCACGCCCGAGCCCGAACCUAUCGUCACCGAGACUGCCCCCGCGCCGACCAAGCCUGAGGAGCCCGCGGUCGUCGAAAAGGAAGUCGUCGCGGAAGAGCCUGUUAAGACUGAGGCUUCUGCCCAGACCGAGACAGUUGUCGAGAAGGUCGAAGUUGGGGAAGCCCUGAAGGCCGAGCCCACUCCUUCCGAGACACUUAUGCCGGUUGAAAAGACCGACGAGCCUAUCGUCGAGAAGGCUGUCGUCGCUGAGUCUGCGCCUGUCAAGGAAGAGACCGUCGAAACCGCUCUUGCUCCUGCUUCCGAGCCAGUCGCUGAAGCCGUCACCAUUGAGACAACCACGGAGACGACCAAGCUCGAGGAGCUUGCUGCUGCAGUGACGAAGCCUGAGCCUCAGCCCGAGACCGCCAAACCAGUCGAGCCUGAGACCAAGCCGGCGGAGCCCGAGUCCCCUAAGGAGGAGGAAGGCUUCGUUCUUGUCGAUGCUGCUUCUGUGCCGCGGGAAGUCCCGGCGCCCGCUCCUGAACCUGCCAAGCUCGAGGAGCCGGUGACAGCUGAGGUUGAAGAGUCGACUGUGCUCGUCCAGGCUGAGCCCGAAUCCGAGAAGCCGGCUGCCACUGUUGAAGAGAAGCCGAAUGCCAAGGCUGCUGUCGAAGAAUCCACUGUCAUCGUCCAGCCCGAGCCCGAGCCUGAGAAGACACCUGCCUCGGUGGAGAAGGCCGAAGAGCCCGAGGCCCCUGCUGCUGCUCAGGCUGCCGUUGAGAACUCGGGUGUCCUCGUCGAGCGGGCCGUGGGUGAGUCCCAGGAGCUUCCUGGCGAGCCAGCGCCUAAGUCGCCUGAGCCCGCCGCUGCCGAACUAAAGGAGCACGAACACGCCAAGGAUGUUGCUUCCUCGCCCGAGACCGUCGCCGCCGCUGACGACUCGCUCAUUGUCGUCGACGAGGCCAUGACCCCUGAGAGCUGCUCGCAGCUACCUGAUGAGCCGGUCAUCGUCGAUGCCACUUCGCCGCUCACCCCGCCCAGCGAAGAGGGUGAGUCGUCGCAGGCUCCGGCUCUCAAGCAGGUCCCUGUUGUUGCCGCUAUCACUGAACAACAAGAGGAACCUGCCCCCGCUCCGGUCGUGACUGAAAGCAAGGAUGAGCCUGGUGAGCGCAGCAUCCCUGCUGUUUUGGCUACUGGUGGUCUGGUUGGUGCCGCUGCUGCUGUCCCUGUUCUGCCAGAGGUUGCCCAGUUCGGUGCCUUCCAUGCUGUCACGGAGGCCCCGCCUGUCAUGCCGGCUGUCAAGCUCGAGCCGGAGGUUGCUGUCGCCAAGGAGGUCGUCGUCGAGGCUGAACCUGCCCCUACGCCUACCCCUGAAAACAAGGCCGAAGUUGCCCCCACUCCUGUCGCCGAAAAGAAUCCUGUCGAGCCAGCCGUUUCUGAAAGCCCCGACCCGCGCUCUACAACCCUGACCAUUGCAACCGAGACAAGCGCGGCCGAGACCACGGUUACGACAUCGACCGAGCCGCAGCCAAGAGACACCUCGCUCACCCUUCCGACUAUUGGUGAGGAAGAGACCAAGACCGUCGACGCCACUGCCGCGACCGACGAUUCGACAAAGGAUGCCGUCUUGGCUGCUGGCGCCGCAGCUGUUGCCGUUGCUGCUGGCGUUGGUGCCGUGGGUAUUGCCACCGCGGUCGUGGAUGAGCCUGAGCCCGCGCGGCCCAGUGUAGUGGAGAAACUGGAAGCCCUCGCCGAGCAAUUCAACCUGCCGGCGUCGAAGGAGGAGCAGGAGGAAGCCGAUCCGACUGUCACCAAGUCGGUAGAGGUUCCUGAAGUGGUUGUGGAGAGAGAAGUUCCUUCGACUUCUCUUGAAGAGUCGUUUCACGUUGUGGAGAAGACGGAUGCGCGGCCUGCUGAACCCGCCUUCGUCGUCGAUGCCGCUCCCGUUGCUGAGAGCAGCGAAGAAGAGUCGUCCAAGAGUGUAUCUACGGCUGCUGCUGUGGCUGCUGGCGUUGCUGGCGUUGCUGCGGUGGCGGCCGGCGCUGCCGCUAUUGCAGCGAGCAGCAAGGAGAGCGAUGAUGACGCCGACAAAGACAACAACAACGACAAACGCAAGGAAGCGGCUACCGCUGCUACUUCUCGGUCUGUUCUGCAGGCGCAGCAGCCUGAGCCGUCGCGGUCUGCCGCCGAGUCCCUCAAGGCGCCGACCCCAGCAGCACCGGCCACGGGUCACGUAACGAUCCUGGAGCCGGAAGCCCUCGGCGACUUCCGGGCGGCGACACCGGCGGUGCAGCUCCCCGACCCGGAUGAUCCGGUAGCCCGAGAGCUGGCUCGUAUCCGCGAGCAGAAACGCAGGCGGCGCAGCACGCUCAAACAGGCCGAAGAAAUGGUAGCGGCCGCGGUGGUGAUCUACGCGACAGCUGAGGCUCUCAGCCCGCCGGGGAGCCCGUCGCGUCUGGGGUACGUUCCUACUGCUACCAGUGCCAGUCCGAGGAGUUCCGGAGCCGAUGUCCUUGGUCCGAUCGAGAUGCAUUCUGUUGAGGAUGUGGUGAUGUCCGGGAGCAAGGGGAAGGAGAGAGAGUUGGUGCUCGAGGGGUUGAGCAGUGAAGACGAGGAUGAUGAAAUGAUGCGCAGGGGCCGGACUAGGACCAGGACGCGGGAUCUUGCAGGAGCCGUUGCUGACCUUUAUUCAGACGACAAGAACAGGACGAUAGCGACAUCAACGACAGCCGCUGCCACUGCUGCAGCUGCCGACGAUGCUAAGCCUUCUCACCAGCACCUCAGCAGCUCGAGACGCCAUAGCAGUCGCCACUCUUCGCACUCGCACUCGUCUUCUCGCCAUCGAUCGACCUCUUCGCGCGAACACAGCCUUGAGCAUCAUCUACACUACUACCGUGACCACAGCCAUCACCGCUCCUCCCGCGAUCACUACGCAACUACUUCCGCCGCCACCGUCCCUGGAGCCGAGGAGAACCGUGACAGCAGUGCCGCGCGCAGGUCUCACCGCAGCCGGUCUGAUAGUAUCCGGUCCCGCGAGGACCCCAGCCGGUACUCAUACCGCACUCCCGAGGAGCAGGCCGCGCACGAACGACGCAGAGAGGAGCGUCGGCGCCAGCGCGAGCUGGAGCGAGAGCAACAACUAGUGAGGGAAAGAGAAUCGUCAUCUCGCACACGGGAGUCUCGCGAGCGUCGCGACCGUUCCCGUGAGCACUGCAGCACCGAACGCGAGCGUGGCGAGCACCGUCAACACAGCAGCCACAGCAGCUCGCGACGACUCUCACGCAGCAGCGUGGACCAGUACCCGCAGCACCCGGCCAAGACAACAGGCGACAUCCCCUCCACGGCCGGCAAGAAGUCUUUCUUCGACGUCAAGAACGGCUCCAGCGUGAUCGAGAACAACAUGAGCCGGUCCACGGGUGCUGUCGCUGGUCCUUCCGCUGCCACAACGUCAACCCCGCCGGCCUCCUCGCACGGCAACGCUGCUUCCUCGUCACCACACGUGCAACAUCUCUCCCGCAGCCGGCGGACUUCGCGCUCCGAGGGCGGCGAGCAUCGGUCGAGGAGCCGUCAUGCCGAGGACAGGGACAUGCCCACAACGACAACAACAACAACGGCGGUAGCAUUCGAACAAGCGGCACGAGAGACAUCCCAACACUCCCGUCAACACUCCCAUUCCCACUCUCACCACUCCCGGUCCUCCUCCACCAAGAUCAAGGAGCCGGUCAAGGAAUCUGUAACGUCGGUGAGCAGCGGCAGUAGUGUAGGACAACACUCGGGCGAAGAGGGUCGCCAACAGACUGGCGAGGCGUCGAGCAGUGCGCCGGGCGGUGAGCAGCAGACGCAUCGGGCCAAGAGGCAGGAAAAGAGGCAGAAGGAGAAGGAAGAGGGGAAGAAGAGCGGUGGUCUGAGGGCCGCGAUUAAGAAGUUCUUUACGGGUUAA